AUGAAUCCAAAGAAGUGCGCGUUUGGAGUUUCAUCCGGCAAAUUCUUGGGGUUUCAAGUACACCAGCGUGGCAUAGAUGUGGAUCUUGAAAAAACUAGAGCCAUCAACUCCCUUGCACCCCCUAGAAACCCAAAAGAAUUGAAAAACUUUAUGGGAAGACUAUCGUAUAUUCGACGCUUCAUCCCAGGUCUUGCUGCCACCAUGAGUGCUUUUACUCCAUUGCUCAAGAAAGGCAAGCCGUAUGAAUGGAGUGAGAAGUGCCAAGAAGCUUACAAGAAAGUGCAACAAAUAAUCACCAAGCUGCCCACUAUGAGAGCACCUAUUCCUGCGCUUCCUCUCAAGCUUUAUUUGGCUGCAACAAACACAACGGUGGGGGCUUUGCUUGCUCAAGAUGAUCAUGGCGGGGAAGAAAGUCCCAUUAUUACGCUGGUGUUAUCCGGACGCCUUGCACGUUGGUUGCUACAACUGUCCGAGUUUGAUAUCACCUGCACCACCCCAAAAGCCAUCAAAGGACAAGCCGUGAUUGACAUGCUGGCUCUAUUUCCCGAAGUUGAAGAAUCAACAAUCUCUAAGGAAGUUCUGGGGGAGCUGCCAGAAAUGGUUGUUGUAGUCACAGAGGCGGGACCAUGGACCCUCUUCUUCGAUGGGUCUUCUACAUCGAAGGGUGGAGGGGCAGUGUAG